CGCUAGCUUUAUGACCCGCUACCACAUGCGCCUCGACAAGUACUCCGUGUCGUGCGGACAACACAGGUCGUAUGGAAAUUGUCCCUCACAAGACCGUGAUUCUCCUCACCGCUGAAUUAGUUACUUGACUUGAUGGCUUCACGGUAUUCCCGUCUUCCGGAAGACAAGUUUCCGGUCUCCGCGUCUCUCAGAAAGCCCUCCUACGAACAACCGCGAGCAGAGAGAUAUACUCCCCAACGGCAAUGGAUCAGACGCAUCAUACCCGCCAUCUUGACAUUGGUGGCACUUUUCUCACUGUUUCGCGCCGCAUUUGUCUGCCGUCACCACUAUGACCCUGCAAAAUCGUUCUCGCAAGUGGCUGUCGAUGAAGAUUCAGAAAAGGUUCCCCUCGAGAUUCACGUCAUGUCAAAGUGCCCCGAUGCAAGGGACUGCCUGCGGGAUCUGAUACUGCCGACCAUGGUGGAAGUCAGUGAUAAAGUCAACUUCACGAUGUCGUUCAUCGGAAGCGUCGACCCCAAGUCUGAUGCAGUCUCUUGCAAACACGGCCCUGGCGAAUGCCUCGGGAACGAAAUCCUCCUCUGUGCCGCCAAAGUUUACCCAGACGUCAAGAUCUGGCUCGGGUUUGCGAAUUGCAUGAUCUCAGAUUACCCUGAUAUCCCCAAUCGAGACCUAGUUGAGAGCUGCGCGAUGGAGCACGGCAUCGACUUCUCCAAGUUGAAUGGUUGUAUUAGUGAUGAGGGUGAAGGUAUUGGCCUCCUUCGGUCGAGCAUCGAAAGAAGUGAAGAAUACAAUGUUACAAAGAGUUGCACCGUCAGACUUGCGGGCGAGGUCCGGUGUGUUCGAGAUGGUGGGAAGUGGUAUGACUGCCCGGGCGGUAGCGCGGUGAAGGAUCUCGUUGGGGAUGUCAGUGAUUUGUACAACAAAGGGACCAAUUGAGGUAUAUUUCCGCAGCGAUGGUGGUGACCAGGUGAUUUUUGAUUUUGUUGUGUUGCAUUAUACCCCGGAAUGGCAUUCUCCUUUGACUGGUUGGAUUCUCCUUUUCCCGCUGGCGCUGCCACACUGCUCGACAUGAGAAAGCAUCAGAUAUAUCUGAACAUGUUAUCUCUGACACUCCGCUUCAUUGCAACUGGCUUUCCAUCUUCCAAUUCCGCACCAGCAGCGCCCCCAUCUCCAGACAAGGCCUCCAUUAUGCUACGCAUAUCUUCAUCGGUUUGCGCCACGCUCUUGUGAGACUCCUUCGUCUUCUCGGUUGCUUUAUGGCUCUUUUCAGAAUUAGCUUGCUUGUUAGAACUUUUAUUGACACCACUUGGUGAGGUAGUGGAGAUUGCCAGUCUUUGCAUUGUCAUCCUGGAAGGACGGCAUACAAAAGUCCGUGGCGAUGUUGUUAUGCGCAGCAGAGACAUGAUUCUCCCUCAACACCACCUGCGAUGAUUACGUGUAGAUGUGUG